CCCCAACCCCCAUCAGGCCCUCCAGAGAGAAGCAGCUGCAGAUCGGCUCUGCAGACUCUCAGCUUCCUCUGUUUUUUUGAGAACUCCUUGGGGCUUGCAGGCCUGAGCCUGUACCACAGGGUGACUCCUCACCUGACACCUCUAGAUAACUGGCCUCCAGCAAGGGGGGAACCCCUCUGUGAGGUUAGCAAAGGGGAAGCCCCGCUUCUUUGCCUGAAGUCCUUAAGAGCUAAGCCGACAAAGAGCUAAGAGUCAACAAACUUUGACAAGCACCAAAAGAGAAUUGAGAACAAAUAAAUCAGAAGAAAGAAGAGGAAAAGCAAAUGCUAGAACCUCGAUGGCUUUUUUUUUUUUUUUUCUCCCUGCUGUCGUUCCAGCUGUAGCCUGGGAUUAAUUAAGUGCUGUGAACUCAGUGCCAGAGAGAGGAGGGGAAAAAAAUGCAUUCUAUCUCUAAGGAAGGAGUACAGUAACAGUUUCUCACCAGUGAGAAACCUAGGGAAGUGAAUCGCUCUCGUCGGCAGUGUUUGUGGAGGGCCUGAAGAGACAGGGAGGUUGUGCCAGGCUGGAGGAGGCUUGUCUUUCCGAAGCUGGAGAGGAUCUUACGGGGGUUCGCUUUUCCCUGCCUGGGAAGAAUUUCCCCUGUGGUAGCAGCAGCAGCAGCAGCAGAAGCAGAAACAGCAGCAGCAGCAACAGCAGCAGCAGCAGCACCACCACCACCACUACCUCCUCUUCUGGGGCACAAGACAGAAUGCCUGUGCUAGAGCGCUAUUUCCACCCAGCAGAGCUAGGCAGGAGGUGGACAGGCCCAGAAGGUGUGCUGCCCUCCUCCCCGGGAAGCCGGCCGGGGUGCCAGCAGGGGCCGCUGCCCUGGGACUUGCCAGAGAUGAUCAGGAUGGUAAAGCUGGUUUGGAAAUCCAAAAGUGAGCUGCAGGCGACCAAACAGAGAGGCAUUCUGGACAAUGAAGAUGCUCUCCGCAGCUUUCCAGGAGAUAUACGACUAAGGAGUCAGACGGGGGUUCCUGCUGAACGCCGUGGCUCCUACCCAUUCAUUGACUUCCGCCUACUUAACAGUACAACAUACUCAGGGGAGAUUGGCACCAAGAAAAAGGUGAAAAGACUAUUAAGCUUUCAAAGAUACUUCCAUGCAUCAAGGCUGCUUCGUGGAAUUAUACCACAAGCCCCCCUGCACCUGCUGGAUGAAGACUACCUUGGACAAGCAAGGCAUAUGCUCUCCAAAGUGGGAAUGUGGGAUUUUGACAUUUUCUUGUUUGAUCGCUUGACAAAUGGAAACAGCCUGGUAACACUGUUGUGCCACCUCUUCAAUACCCAUGGACUCAUUCACCAUUUCAAGUUAGAUAUGGUGACCUUACACCGAUUUUUAGUCAUGGUUCAAGAAGAUUACCACAGCCAAAACCCGUAUCACAAUGCUGUUCACGCAGCCGACGUCACCCAGGCCAUGCACUGCUACCUGAAAGAGCCAAAGCUCGCCAGCUUCCUCACGCCUCUGGACAUCAUGCUUGGACUGCUGGCUGCAGCAGCACACGAUGUGGACCACCCAGGGGUGAACCAGCCAUUUUUGAUAAAAACUAACCACCAUCUUGCAAACCUAUAUCAGAAUAUGUCUGUGCUGGAGAAUCACCACUGGCGAUCUACAAUUGGCAUGCUUCGAGAAUCAAGGCUUCUUGCUCACUUGCCAAAGGAAAUGACACAGGAUAUUGAACAGCAGCUGGGCUCCUUGAUCUUGGCAACAGACAUCAACAGGCAGAAUGAAUUUUUGACCAGAUUGAAAGCUCACCUCCACAAUAAAGACUUAAGACUGGAGGAUGCACAGGACAGGCACUUUAUGCUUCAGAUCGCCUUGAAGUGUGCUGACAUUUGCAAUCCUUGUAGAAUCUGGGAGAUGAGCAAGCAGUGGAGUGAAAGGGUCUGUGAAGAAUUCUACAGGCAAGGUGAACUUGAACAGAAAUUUGAACUGGAAAUCAGUCCUCUUUGUAAUCAACAGAAAGAUUCCAUCCCUAGUAUACAAAUUGGUUUCAUGAGCUACAUCGUGGAGCCGCUCUUCCGGGAAUGGGCCCAUUUCACGGGUAACAGCACCCUGUCGGAGAACAUGCUGGGCCACCUCGCACACAACAAGGCCCAGUGGAAGAGCCUGUUGCCCAGGCAGCACAGAAGCAGGGGCAGCAGUGGCAGCGGGCCUGACCACGACCACGCAGGCCAAGGGACUGAGAGCGAGGAGCAGGAAGGCGACAGCCCCUAGGGGCCGGCCCAGCUUAGACGCGGCUCUCCUCCGGCAGGGCCCCCAGAGGGCAGAAGCAGCGUGGAGGGGCCCUCACGCAGCAGCCCGGCCACUUUCUGAGUGUUGUCCUGGGGCUCUUUGGAACGCCAUCUUCCUCCCACUUACCUGCCUCCCCUCCUUUUCGCAAAUGUACAGAAGCCAUUUGUCACCUCAGCAUUCGCUGCCGAAAUGAGCAACUCCAUUCAGUAACGUGGGAGCUGAUCCCACGGGCAGGCUCUCCCUGCUCCAGGAGAAGACUAGGAGGAAGAAUGAGGUGCUCCUGCCGUGUCCGCCUUGUUCCGGGUCGCACUGGAACAGGCAGCAGUUCCUAAGUCCGGAGCGUUUGAGCGUUUGCCAUCUGACUGCUGAUCUGCAUGACAGAAACACCAGCAUAUUUGCAACGCCAAGGAUAUUGGUCUUAAGUGCAAGAGCACAAAUAAGAAUGUGAGAGAAAGUACCUUCUAUUUUAAUAAUAAUUAUUAUUAUAAAAAUAAUAAAUCUUUUUAACUUUUAUAUUUUAUGCACUAGACAAUGGAUCUGCAACUUUGGACUAAGGUCAUUCAAUGUACCCGAACUUGAACAGGGGGUUCAUUGUUUUGCUAUUGACUUUAUUAUGCCACUUUGGGGCAGAGACUUGGCAUCUUCUCAGUUUAAGAAACCACGUUUCCUAUCCAAUCCGAAGGGAAGGUGCUGUACGGUUCAUUCCUUUGCACCAUUAGCCAAUCUGUCUUUUAUGGAUUCUGUGACAUGUUUUUAUUCACCCAUGUACAUUUUCUGUAAAUACCAAACGCUACUGAUUCCCAUGCCAAAAUACAUGAGUAUUAUGGGAUUGCUACCUGUAUAAACAAUGGCACUGUGAACAGAAUACUGUUAGUUUUAAUACAAGAGAAUGCAUUUGUAAA